GCCGUGCGCGAGAGCGGACGUCGCUCGUUUCACGCCGAUGCGGUGCCACGUGAGGGAAAAGCCAGGAGGAAAACUCGUUCGCACGGCCGCUCUGCAAUAACAACAUUUUCUUCCCGUUUCUUCCCUCGCGUUGUGGACUCUCGCCAUCGCGUCGAGCGACGGAAAUGGUGUGAAUCGCGCCGGAAAUGUGACAGGAAUCGCACGGGAGAGAUCAGUCGUCGGGCGUAUGUGAGGAAAAGAAAAGAAGAGAGAGAGAGAGAGAGAUGUGCUUAACAAUCGCCGACGUUCCAUCGGAUUUAAUUCGUUCGUUUAAACGACGCGGAAGAUCCAAGCGUGAUCGUUCUCGCCGCGCGUAGUCAAUGAAAAAUUGGACGAGCGAAAAUCGGAAAAUUGAUAUCGGUUCAACGGACUGAGAGAUCCGGAAGUUUCGUCGAGUGUGAACUUGCUGCUCCACCAUUGUUGACGGAUGACGUUGCAACGAGAGGGAAAAAGAGAAUCGGUUUUAUUUAUGUGCGGAGCGAGCGUGAAUAAAUCAGGGACUUCGCCGAUGCGGAGAAACGCGACGUAACUAAGCAAUCGCUGCCAUACCCCUGAACGAAACAACGGCAGUUUUCAUAUUUUUUAAUUAAGCGCAACGAUACCGAGGGAAAGGAAGCUGCGGUAACGAGAUUUAAUGUGUUCCACGGGGCCGAGCGCGGGCGUAUUUUCAAGCGGAGCUCGAAAACGGCGCGGAAAGAAGGCAGGAGGGAAAUCCUCAAAGGGCAGAAGGUUAUUCGAGAAGCCGAGGAUCCCUAUUGAGACUCCUUACAUCUCACGCGCGGGGAAUCCCGCGGUUAUUCUCAAAGGUUCGCGCCGACAGAUCCAGAAGAUACUUCCGGGAAGGUGUGAACACAGCUCUAUUAUGAGAUCCCAGGGAAGGACGAGCGCUUAGAGUAACUCGCAGAUAAAACUUCCACGCCUGAGAGACGAAACCAAUUCUUCACGGGCGUCCCGGAAGGACCCUCGCAAUCUCACUCCCGCGCACAUAUUCCGCCGAAAGUUUCGCGGCCCGCGGCAACUCCUGAAAAGUCUCCCGAGGUCGUGACCGCGGAAAUCCUGCCCUCGGAGAACUUGAAAGUCUUAUCCCGCAAAGUAAAAAUUCACUCCACCGAAAAAGCAUAAAUCGGGUGUCGAUCGAUAGAACCCGAUCGGAACUCGCUGAAGGGAAGAUUCCCGUCGAAGUAGCGCGGGAACAGUUUUCAGCGAUCUCCGCGACGUCUUGACGCCGUGAAUCACGUCGUUAUCCGCGUGAAGCGCGGAAAAGUACCGGAAGCCGGGAAAGUACUGCACAGUUCUCGCUCGACGGUUAAUUCGUCCCUCCUAAGAGGAACGCGAGCGGUAGAUUUGAAUUCGCGAUCACAAGCUCUUCGGACUGGAAGGGAGCCGUCGUAAGUCGCGCGAUGCACCGGACACGGAGGAGUUUGGAGAAGACGAGUGAGAAGUCCUGGGAGUUUUAGACGGGGAAGGAGACGGCGAGCGAAGGAAUCGCGUAAACGAAGAGGAGGAAGGGAGGAGGAGACUGCGAAUAACAGGCAGAGGCGAGGAAACGCUCCAGGAAUGCCGUGGAUAAAGUGUUUGGGUGGUGGAGGCGGGAAGGCCAGGAGGGGCAAGCCACUCAGCGUCAGUCAACCGAUCCACCUGCUUGUCAAGAGCGACUUUGAACCACAGUGUCACGUGUUCCGUACUAAGCAACUGCGCAAGCCCAGACCAUGUCAUUUGUGCCACCAAGCGGUCAUCAAGCAAGCCUCCUGCUGCAGAGUCUGCAAAUACAUCUGCCAUAAGACGUGCGAAGACAAGGGCGCGCGGUUCCGAGACACGUCGCAACAGAUCCAUAAACAAUGGCAAGCCGAUCCAGCAAGAGCGUUUCCUACCGUCGGCAGUAUCGCUCCAAAUUCGCCUUCUCCAGCGUCGGGGGAGCUCUCCACGCCAAAUUCUACGCCGAGCCCUAGCCCUAGUCCGACUAAUCAACAAGUCACGCACAAUGGCGGUUACGAGACACAGCCGAAAAAUGUCAACAAUAUCACGAGAAGCAAGCAACCCGUGCAGACGUCAGCGCUGGCGUCAACGCCUGCGAGGACACCAGGCGUCGGCGCGGAUUCGACGAUGACGGGGCCGGGAAAGGGCGGAGGUCGCGUAACGGAGGUGAUGGAGCUCUGUUACGUCACAGAGAGGAUCAUCGCUCUCUGGUACAGGGAGGACGCGCAGGGUGUCCUCGAACAUGCCACGACCCUUUUGCGCGGGAAACACGCCGAUAAUUAUAUGAUCUUUAAUUUGUCGUCGCCCGGCCGACCCGGCGAGCCGAACACGAGGGAGGCUGGAUGGCCGCAGGGAUUAGCACCGAGCUUGGAAAGACUGUGCGCCCUUUGCAAGGAACUGGACUCCUGGCUGAACGGCGCUUCGAAUCGCGUCGUUGUCUUGCACGCCAGGGGCAGCAAGGAGCGGCUGGGUGUGGCAGUGUCCGCUUACAUGAACUACAGCAGCAUCUGCGGGGGACGCGAUCAAGCCUUGGACAGGUUCGCCAUGAGGAGAUUCCUCGACGACAAGAUUGGAUCGCUGCAGGUUCCGUCGCAUCGAAGAUACAUCGAGUACUUCAGUGGGCUACUGUCGGGCUCCCUGAGGAUCAGCCAGUCACCAUUGUACCUGACCCACCUGACGGUCCUCGGUGUGCCCCUCUUCGAGCCGACAGGCUGUCGAGCCUUCCUCAAAGUAUACGAAGGACUCACGCCGGUUUACACGUCGGAUCUGUAUUCGGUGACGAACGCGCGCGAAUUCACGGUUAAUCUCGGCGGGCUCCGGCUGAGAGGCGACAUCUUGGUCAAGUGUUAUCACAGGGUGUACUCGAAGCAGACCCGAGAAGUCAUGUUUUCCCUCCAGUUCCAUACUUGCGUAAUUACGGAGAACGUCGUGUCCUUCCCGCGAUCGGAGCUCGAUAUCGCCUGCGACGAUCCUCGCUGCCCGCCCGACAGCGUGGUGACACUCUACUUCGCUACCGACGCGAAACGUCAGGACGGCCCAGUACCGGCGCCGACACCCGCUGUGCCACAUGCCUCGGCACAUCACGAUCCCAUCCUGCACUGGGACAGCUACACGAAUCUCGAGAUCAGCGAUGACGAAGGCCGUGAGACUCCAUUAUCACCGCCACCCCCUUCGAGCUCUUCGGUUCAGACCUCACCUCGUGGUUUAGGUUAUACCUGUGGUCCCAUAGAUGGAUCCUUGUACGCCGUGGUGCAUCAGGGUGCUGCAGGAGGUGCCCGUGGUUCGCCAUUGACAGUUUCCAUGGACAGUGGCAUAAGUAGUGCACCGCCACAAAGACCCAGCCCGCCAGAACCCGAGCCGGAAAACCAGACUCACGGGGACCUCGACAAGCUUCUUCAUGAUAUGAUGCUCACCGUCGAGUCUAUGCCAGAUCCUCCGACAGAGGACUACAAUCGUGAUCGAAGCGAAAAGGUAUACAUCCAGGAGACGCGCAGCUACAGCAGUCACGGCAGCAGUCAUCCGACGUCUACUUAUUCCACCCUGAAGGACUCGUACAGAAGCUACGGUGGUGGCAAAGAGUCGAGUCCGCCGUACAAUUCGAGCAGCAGCUACAGCACCCUGAAGAACGAGUACAGAGAGUCGUCCAAGAAUAUCGAGCACCGAUCGAGGGACGACUUCGAGUACCGCGUAUCCCCUGACCGGAAAGUGCCCGAGUCCUCCAACGAUUCCUACAGGAAACACGCGGACUCCUUCUCGCCGCCGGGCAACAUCGACUUCAUCGACGAGGAUAUACCGUAUCACGCCAGGCAGACCAGCCAGCCGUUCUCGUACGGCGCCACCACGGAUAUGAUAAAGCACCAGAAGCUAUCGUCGCCUUCGUUGGUGAGGAAGGCGUCCGUGCGCAACGCCGCACCUGUCGUCGACUUCGAAGACAUCCUUGGCGAGAAUUCCAGGAGACCCAUCAGCCCCCUCAGCUCCAAUACUCCGGACCCGCCGCCGGAGUUUGCGAACGGGCCCAUGAAGAGCGGCACGGACCACGUGGACGGGUUGUCGUGGCUGAGACAACAGCAGUUGAAACUUGCCGCUAGGAGAGAUGAAAGGAGUCCUAGCAAGCUUUGGCGACAGGAGACCGGAAACCGUGUCAUCGGCGAGCUCAGGAGCCUGCAGAGAGGGAGAUUGAGACACGAUGGUUACGCAAGCGAUUCGGCAGUCCUCGACGACGAUGACGAUACGUGGACUGCAGGUUCCAUUUCCGGACAGCCGCCGUCGAGAGCUGUUCCGUACACGUCCGCACCAGCUAGUCCUCUACUUCCGCAGAGAUCGAGCAGUCGGAAGUACAAUGGCAGCAUCGGGAGCGGGGUUCUCGGUAGACCGCGCGCGGAGAGUAUGAACGAACGGCCGUUCGUCUCCGUGAAACGUGCUUACGAAUACCGCAAGUACAGCGACAGUCAGAGCCCUCCGACAUCCCCCCGCUCAGCCUUAGCAGCCGCGCCACCCUUAGGGUUAGCGGCGAGCCAGCAAUCGAGUUCCAGCAACAACGCCGAGAGGCAGCAGCCGCCGCGGCCGGAGUCGCGCAGCGACAGUUUCGCGCGCGCGGACGCGUUGCUGCGCGAGCACCAGCGUCAGCAUCAGCUGUCCCAGCCCAGCAACAACGUCAGUAACGAUCACACCGCGGAGCGGAAGCAGACGGCCUCGAGUACUCCGGAGUACGCGACGCCGAGUCGGAGCGCGCGGCCCGAGUCGAGAAGCCGCGUCGUCGCUGCUUACCAGAGCGUCAGAAGUUACAGCUCGGCCAGCAGCAACGAUCAGAUGGACGGCGGAUUGUUGGCGGUGGUCGAUCAGCCUGACCCUCUCGUGAGCCUCAUUCAGUCUCUAGCCGAGAUCACGCCGAUUCGCGCGCCUCCCAGCACGUCUAAGACCGAGAACGAGCAUCCCGCCGUCGCCGCCACCGCCGACGCACUCGCGUCCGCUCCAAUGCCCGCCAGUGUGCCUAGCAAUGUCAUUAAUAGCUCCCCUAACCAGUCGCCAAAAGCAUGGCAGAAUUGCACCCAGCCGCACAAUGACUCGGCGUCAUCAUGGACCGAGAGGAGCGUCAGUCCCGGAAGCGCGGUCGUCAGCGGUGCCUCGCGGCCGCAGACGCCGGCGUUUCCGGUCCAUCCGCGGACGCCGUACGUUAACAACGCCUCACCGACAGUGACGUUCGCCAGCGAUCGCACCUACAUGACGUCCAACAACAGCUACAACGUCAACAACAACAACAAUAAUGUAAAUAACGAGGCUGGCGGCAACAACAACAACAACGUCGGGAGUUACGGCGCCGAACGAACGAUAUAUAUCGAGGAACGAAGAGAAGCCUCGAAGGAGACGGGGCUUCCACCCAAGAGUCCGACAACACAGCGACGCUUGAGUUUCCCGGCAAGCGGGCCGCUUAAACAAACGCAUAACAAACGAUGGCCGCUCACUAAUCAAUCGGCGUCGUUCGACUAUAGCAAGGACCGACCUGUUUCUCCGGUAAGCGAAUCGACGAUGUCGCAGCCGCAGGCUGUUUCGCGCAGCCCUGGAACACCGACCCACGCUGAAUUCGCCCAAAGCCCCAAGAGUGCUACGUCUUACACUUCGAUCAACAGCGGCGGCCAAUCUUCGCCACAGGUGCAAUAUUAUGGCUCAAGACGCUCCAGCGUCCAUUCGAACACGGAGCCUCAGGAGGUAGCUGACGCUAAUGUGAAAUUCGUACGCGAUACCAGUAGGAUCUGGUACAAACCCAACAUAUCGCGGGAGCAAGCAAUCUCAAUGCUGAAAGAUGCGACACCCGGCACAUUCGUGGUGCGGGACAGCAAUUCGUUCCCGGGUGCCUUCGGGCUGGCCUUGAAAGUAGCGACGCCACCUCCAGGUGCGCCCAGCAGUCCACGGGACCCAUCGAGCGAGCUCGUCAGGCAUUUCCUGAUCGAGCCCACGUCGCGCGGUGUCCGACUGAAAGGAUGCGCGAACGAGCCGGUCUUUAGCUCUCUAUCGGCGUUGGUUUACCAGCACAGCCUGAUGGCCAUGGCUCUGCCUUGCCAACUGCUGCUACCCGAGCCGGAAGCAGCCGCCAGAGCUUUAGAUUCACCUGGUACUAAUAGCACCCAGCAGCUUCUCGCUCAGGGAGCAGCUUGUAACGUUUUGUACCUUUUCACAAUCGACACGGAAUCUUUAACCGGGCCGCAAGCCAUCAAGAAAGCCAUCACGAAUCUAUUCGAGCAGAAACCUCUGCCGAUCGCUACAAUCGUUCACUUCAAGGUCUCCACGCAAGGCAUUACCUUGACCGACAACGCGAGAAAGUUAUUCUUCCGCAGACAUUACCCCACAAAUAAUAUAAGUUACUGCGGCUUGGAUACCGAGGAACGUACGUGGGAAUUCGCCAGCGAAGAUACUGGGAGACCUCUUAGCGCCCAUCGCUGCUUUGGUUUCGUUGCGAGAAAACCCGCUCACAAAUCGGACAAUCAGUGCCACGUGUUCGCCGAGCUGGAACCAGAACAACCGGCCACAGCCAUCGUGAAUUUCGUCAACAAGGUCAUGAUGGGAAAUUCCAUCGUCAAGGCCAACAUUGUCUAAGAUCCGCUAAGAUCCAUCACGAAUGCCAAAACUAACGGGCACAAACAUCAUCGAGAAAGUUCCAUCAGUAAUGGUUCCGCCUUCAAGGUUAACACCGACACAUAUCCUUAGGAGAGAAAAAGAGAAAGAAGAAUGCAAUUACCAGUUGGAGAGCGAUCGAGAGGCCGAAGAUAAUGGAAGGAAUGAUCGAUAUGAUCGACUGACAAGAUCGGUUAUUCCGCCGACACGCGGAGAACGCGCGCGGAUUCUUCGGAAAGAUCCGACGGCUGGACGAAUUAAUCAUUAUCGUUAGCCGACUACACGUAAUAGGUCUUCGUGCAUUUCGUAGUGUCGAAUCAGUAGAACAUUCAUGUUGUAAACAGUAGGGACGACAUAAUUAUCGCGGAAACGCCGGGAAAAGAUCGAGGAUCGCUCUCUUCGUAAGAGAAUGUGCGAAGGAGCACGAGGGGCGAUGCGUGAAUCGAUUCCAUCCUCGCGUCAAUAUGCAGUCAAGAUGAGAAAGUUGUUGUUAUGAUUAUCGUUACUGUUGCGAUUUAACGUAGCGAAUAGUAGAGUAAUAAACGGAAGAAGACUCUAAGGGAGGUAAGAUGGUUGUCGAAUGAUUGUGUCGCCGAAUCGGUAUUUGAUUUUCACGAUAACUUUUCUUCACAACGAUCCAAUCGUUCGCUGCGUUUCUCUCUCAUUGUAACUCGUUGUUUAACGUAUCUUAUGAAUUAGCACGCUCUUUAACCGUCUACUAUUUAGCUGUAUUGUCGAAGCUGCUCGAAGGGAAAUCGUAUUUCUUCCGAUUAUAUCUUUGUAAAAUACAUUCGAACGAUACUAAUGUCUUCGCUCCUUUCAAGGCAUUUUUCGCGCGGAACAUUCACUGUGUUUUGUAAUUUAGCCAUCUUCCCCCGCUUAGGAUACGAUUGGUCGCUCGAUCAGCCGCACGCGAAUUUACCGAUAGCUCGUAGUCAUAGUUGAAGAGUAUCAACCGUGCCCUUCGCACGAACUACGAAGGGCAUCGUGCAUUCGAAACGAGCGUAUCUCGCGCGACAACUGAGUGCGACCUCCGUUUCGGAAACCAUCUACGCACCGCGCACGUAUAAACACAAAACAUACUUAUUACACUGUUACACGUACCGCACACACGUAACUAUCACGCGGAAGAUAACCAAGUCGGUGCUCGCGCGUUAAUCGAUCGGCAGAACUUCACUUAUGCCUUUUAGUUUCUACAGAAUUUCUCUGUUCCCGCACUUGAAGAAUGUUUCUCUUGGCUUCGGAGGACUGAUGACGACAAGCGGAUAAAAGUCACGCAAUUGCGAAAUCCAUGAAAAAAAUGAAAGUAUCACGAAAGUCGGUCUUUGAACAGGCUUGAGCGAAGUUCGAGUGACGAAUAGAUCGUUAAAUAACGCGAGAGCAUCUUAGAUCCAUAUAUUAUCACGUUAUACUUGAGACUCUCGAGUAAUGUUUGACAGAGAAUAUUACGUCGUUUGCAGAGCGUAUUAUGUAUACACGUAUACAUCCCACAGACAUACAUACGCAUAAAAACGUAUACACACACACAGACACACACACACAUACAUUAGAUAUCCCCGUGUCAUGCCCCCUCGAUGUACGAAAGGACGACGUUAUAAAUAACUGUAAAUAUGCCGUGUCGCGGGAUAAAGUCGCCUUAAAAGGAGGCCUUGAGGAGACACCUUGAGGAAGAUCGUCGGACUGCGCGAGCGGUCUGCGACUCACGGAAAAAGCAAUGUUACGUUAUAGGAGAUCAGUUCGGAGAGGUUACGCAGGUGUGUGAGAGUCGAGGGAAAUGCUACUCGAGGAGGAGUAUGCACGUGACGAACAGCAUCGCGCGUAUUCUUUCGGCGAACCCGUAGAUUCUUGCCAUUUCGGGCUCGUGUGCCGUCGAGACCACGGUCCCCGGUGAGCCCGUCUCGACGGGCACGACGAUGAGCAGUCAAUUAUUACGAUCGAAUCAAUUACAUUGUAAUUACGACAAUACGGCGGCGUGAGGAGGCCAACCGGUGCGCGGUAGCAGCCGGUCUUCCUCUCGAUACCUACCGUCGAUUCUUCUUCGUCUAUUUUCGCGUUCUCUUCUACUUUUGUCUUCCGGACGAAGGUCGGUCGGGACUUCGGCGAUUCUUCCGCUUUGCGAGCUCCUCCAACUGAUUAUACGAGGGAGGACUCGCGAUUACGCAACGUGCUAGUCAAAAUUCGUGCUGUAUAUUCGAUGGUCAAGGAGUAGAUCAACGUUGGUCCUGACGGCCCGUUCUGGGCGCCGGUUCUUGGCGACUUUUCACAACGGCGAGCGUGAGAUACGUUUUAUAACUCGCGCUAGGUGUGUGAGAUGAACGUGGCGUGUUACCUUGAAGACGACGGGCUUGAAACGUGAGCCGCAGGUAUGAACCGGAAACCGUUGAAAGGAUUUAGGGCUCGCUUGAGAGACCCGACCGUGUCUUCCUUUGCGUUCUUUCUUCUCUUCGUCCCCCAUCUGUCCUUUCUUCUCCGUGAAUUUCCUUUCGUACGCGCCCAAAUCCGACUAACAGCGUAAUAUUAAUUUAACAUUCAGUCAUUAUAAUAAUUAUUAUUAAUAUUAUUAUUUGUUUACGCUCUAUUACUCCCCGUACGUUCACGCAAUAAUGUAUCGUUGCGUGCCGCAUGGGUACGCGCGUAUAGUUGUAACAACAAUAAAUCCAUAUUCACAGUGAA